AUGGAUAUCGAACAAUCAGUAAUCGACAUUAAUAUUCAAUCAGCAUCAACUGUAUCAAUUGAACAAAAUUUAAAUAAUGAUAUAGAAAAUCCUAAUGAUCAUAGUGAUGGUAGUACUAAUGGUGCUACUAAUAUUAAUGGUAAUCAUAAUGAUGCUAUUAAUCAUAAUAAUAAUGGUAAUCAUAGUGAUUGUGUUAAUCAUAAUGAUAUUGCUAAUCAUAAUGAUAGUUUAAAUCCUAAUAAUAAUGAAACUAAUAAUCAUUCUCUUAAUCAUAAUAUUAAUGCUAAUAUAUCUGGUAAUAUAAAUAAUAGUAUUAAUCAAAAUAAUAAUAGUAAUACAAAUAACAUAAUUAAUCGAGAUCAAAAUGAAGAAACAGAAGAAGAUAUUGUUGAAAUCAUCAAUAUACAAAAUAAAUAA